AUGCGUUCCGCCCUCACCCUCCUCGCUUUCGCCGCCUCUGCUCUGGCGUACACCGUCACCGAGCCUGACGCGAGCACCGGUUGGACCACCAGCGGCCCCAACGUCGUCGCCUGGCAGUCGGUUUCCACCGAUCCGGCCAACUUCACCAUCGUUCUCGACAACCAGGUCCAGCAGCCGCCCACUACCCAGGUGCUCGAUGCUCUCGUUGUUGGGUCCGAAGGCAAGAUCACCGUGAACCCUCCCAGCGGCGGCUGGAAGGCGGGCAAGGGCUUCCGCGUGAACCUCGUCGCGGACACCGAGCACCUCACCACCAUCUUGGCCCAGUCUCCCCAGUUUGACAUCGUCGCAUCCACAUCGAGCACGUUCUCGACCGCGGUGACCGCAACCUCGGGCUCCUCCAGCACUUUGUGA